AUGUUCCCUUCGCAGUACCGGAGCUCAUACUUGGCCAAGAAGCGUGGGCUCGAUCACCUAGGUACCGGGCAGUCUGUCCGCCGACUUGAGCGUAUAGCGAGCGGCGAUGCGUCAGACGACUGGCUCGACAAUACCAUUCCAACAGAGGAGCUUCCGCCUCCCACCCCCGAGAAGGACAGAUUCGACCGCCGUGAAGAGAGGCCACUACGAGCGCGAGACGGCUGGAGGCAGGCUUCUCCAGAGCGCCUACCUGCCCCAGAAUUCAAGCCGGAAGUCAAGCCCUCGCCCCGGCAAGAGCUGGUGAUACCUGGUGUUACCAAUGCAGAUGAUGUCGUAGGUGUACCGCGGCGGAAGAGGCUGCUGCGGGACACCAUACCGGGCAACGCGCCGUUGCCCUCCUCUCGUCUCACCAGGGGCUUGUGGGCGGACGUUCAGAGGCACCUCAUCCAAGCCUAUGAAUACCUGUGUCACGUCGGUGAAGCCAAGGAGUGGAUCGAGGGUUGCUUGGGAGAGGAGCUGCCGUACGGAGUCGUGGAGAUGGAGGAGCAGUUGAGGAACGGAAUCGCGCUUGCGAAGUUGGUCCGUGUGUUCCAGGGUGAAGGCGCUGUUCGCAGGAUCUAUGAAGCACCUAAACUGGACUUCAGGCACUCUGAUAACAUCAACCACUUCUUCGUCUUCGUCCGCCAUGUCGGUCUCCCAGAGGGAUUUAUCUUCGAGUUGACAGAUCUGUACGAAAAGAAGAACUUCCCGAAGGUCGUCUACUGCAUCCACGCCCUCAGUCAUCUUCUUGCUCGCCGCGGUCUCGCACGACGGAUCGGUAAUUUGGUUGGGCAGCUACAAUUCUCUGACGAUCAACUACAGAAGACGCAGAAAGGGCUGAAAGAGGCAGGCGUUCCCAUGCCCAACUUCGGGAAUGUCGGACGGGAGCUUGCCAAGGAGAUCAACGAGGAACCUGAAGAGGAAUCGGAGACUGAGGACGAGCGUCGCGACCGCCUGUUACUCGAGUGCGAAGAUUCCAUCAUCGCACUGCAGGCUGCAGCACGUGCCUUCCUUGUUCGUAAAGACCAGGUCACCCAGCGCGCGCGCAUGCGGCUCGCAGAACGCUACGUGCCGAAGGUACAAGCCAUCGCUCGGGCCGCUCUCGUCCGCAAGCAGCUGCGACAAGACCGCGAGCAGCGUCGCGACCUCACGCCUUUCAUCCAUGCCUUGCAGGCUCAAGCUCGCGGCGUGCUCCUUCGGAGGCAGUGGAAGCAGCAUCUGCGUCGGGUCAAGUCUGUCGCUCCGUACAUUGUGAAGGUCCAAGCACAAGCUCGUGGGGUUCUUAUCCGGCGCAAGUUCCAGAAGCUCAAGGCUGCCAUCCGGGGCUGCAAAGUCUCCGUUGUCCAGCUGCAGUCCGUCGCUCGUGCUCGCAUAGCCCAGCGUAGCCACAAGGAGAUCGCGAAAUCCUUCGCGAAGCCCGUGGUUUUGGACAACAUCGUCGCGCUCCAGGCUCACGCGCGCGGCGCCCUCACACGCGCUCGUCUAACCCGCCAGGAUCGGCAGUUGGCACGCGCCGAGUCCGGCGUUGUCGGUUUACAGGCUCAAAUUCGGGGUGUGCUUGUACGGAGACAGGUCCAUACACAGCUAGCGAAGUUGGAUGAUAUCACCAACAUCAUCGUUCGCAUCCAAGCCGCUGCGAGGACUUACAUUGCCCGGAAGCGACUCCUUAACCUCAUCCGCAGCCUUCGCAAGGCAACUCCUGCGCUUAUCGGUCUUCAAGCUAUCGCUCGUGCGAAGCUUGCCCGUCAGCAGCAUGCCGCUAUGCACAAGGCGCUCUCCGAGGUCAAGGUUGUCAAGGCCGUCGGUGGGUUCCAGGCUCGUGCGCGCGCAGCACUCGCUCGCUCUCGCCAUCAGGAGCAGCAGAAGCGCCUUGAGUUUGUCGAGCCAGACGUCGCGGGCUUCCAGGCCGUCGCCCGUGGCUACCUCGUUCGUCGAGAGUGGAACGCGUGGCGCGACUUCCUCCGGAGCAGUCACCCGCAGGCGACCAUCCUGCAGGCGUUACUCCGCGGCGCGAUGCAGCGCAAGAAGUUCCGCACGAAGAUGCAGUACUACCGCUCGAAUCUCGACAAGAUCGUUCAGAUCCAGUCCCUCUUCCGUGCUAAGGAGACCCGGGAGCAGUACAGGCAGCUCACCCUCGGUACAAACGUCAGCGUCGGCACCAUCAAGAACUUCGUCCAUCUGCUCGACGACUCCGAGGCGGACUUCCAGGAGGAGAUCAAGGUUGAGCGUUUGCGUCAAGAGGUCGUCAAGCGCAUUCGUGAGAACCAGGCGCUGGAACACGACGUCAGCGAGCUUGAUGUCAAGAUUGCCCUUGUCGUGCAGAACGUGAAGAACUUCGAGGAGCUUGUGAAGGCUAGGCGCCGUCUGGGUACCGAUAGUGCCGCUAUUCAUGCCGCGCGUGCAUCCGUCCUUGCUGCCCACGGUGAUCCUUUCGCGAGCCCUAGUACUCUGGAUCGGACGGCCAAGCGCAAGCUGGAGUUGUACCAACAAUUGUUCUACCUGCUUCAAACAGACGGCAGGUACCUGACGCAAUUGCUCACGAGCAUGGCCGCUGAAGAUAACUGGGAGAAGAACCGCCGCAUGAUCGAGCGAGUCACUCUCGCCCUCUUUGGUUAUGGCCAGGCAGCGCGGGAAGAGUAUCUUAUGCUCAGGUUCUUUCAGACCGCUAUUCAACAAGAAGUAUCUGCUGCGAAUUCGGUAGACGACAUCAUCCAUGGCCACCCUACAUUCAUCAACGUCGCCGUCCAUUAUUUGCGGCCCAAGCAGACCACUUACAUUCGGGAUACCCUUCAAGGCGUGAUCCGUGAGGUAGUCAACGCUGACGAUCUGGACCUCGAGACCGACCCUUCGGUGAUAUACCGUUUGCGCAGGGACAUUGAGGAAAUGAGGGCUGGCGCAGCUGGUAGUAAAGCCAAGGACAUUCCGUUCCAUCAGGCUCUUCAAGAUCCUGAUACCCGCGCGACAUACAUCCGCCAUUUGCAAGUUCUUCAGUGGUGGACGGAAGAGUUCGUACGGGCGAUCACAUCUUCCCUCUCGAAGAUGCCGUACGGGAUGCGGUAUUUGGCUAGAGAGACCCUGAACGCUGUUAAGGCCAAGUUCCCUGACGCUCCUGCGGAGGCAUGUGCGGCCUGCGUGGCGAGGUUGGUCUAUUACCGCUAUAUCAACCCUGCUAUAAUCACUCCAGAGACCUUCGACAUCGUUUCAACAACGGUCGACAUCGCAUCGCGCAAGAACCUUGCCCAGAUCUCUAGGAUGCUUACUCAGAUCACGACUGGUUCUGAGUUCAGCGAAGAGCAGUUGGCAUAUCUCCCUGUCAAUGACUAUGUUCGCAAAACAAUCACGUCCUUUGCAGCGUGGCUUUUGGAAGUUGCUAAUGUCCCUGAUGCUGAGACCGAGUUCCAUGCCCAUGAGUUCCUUGAUGCGACUAUUCAGCCAAGACCCAUCUGGAUCUCCCCCAACGAGGUGUACUCUAUGCACAGGUUCCUGUCCCAGUACCUCGACCCCCUGGCACCCACAAAGGAUGACACCUUGCGAGUCAUUCUUGCUGAGCUUGACGGCGUGCCGAACGUCGGUAGCGACGAGUUGAACGAGGCACGAGAUACCGCGAUUGAACUGCAGCUUUCGAAUCGGUUUGCGAGGGUCAGAGAUCCGCGAGCCGACGAGAAAGCCCUCUGGGUACAGGCAAAGCGGGCUGUUCUAGCUAUUCUUCGUGUGCAGCCCGCGAAGGACCUGGUGGAAUCGCUCAUGCAGCCUGUCACGGACGAGCACGAGUACGUUUGGGAAGGUAUCUUGGAGGAGAUGGAGCGGGACACGAUGCGCCAUCAACGACGGAUGCCAUCGACUCAUGGCGGAGACGCUGCUUAUCGCUUGGAAGACAUCAGAUCUAUGACGUUCCGCGAAGUCAAGGCGCAUGCAAUUUACUUCCUUCUCGAGCUAGAGAAGCAAGGCAGAAUCACGCGUAUGGAUGGGUAUCAGGGUAUCCUCAACGCCAUUGCAGGCGAUGUUCGUAGCAAGAAUCGCCGAAGGGUGCAGCGUUUGCACGAAAAAGAGAGCCUAGAGGAAUCGCUCAAGCACCUUGCGGAGCGAAAGAAGUACUUUGAGGAACAGAUCAAGCAGUACCACGAUUACGUCGAGACGGCCAUGAAUACGAUGCAACGUGGCAAGGGCAAACGACGUCUCCUCCCGUUCACCCAACAGUAUUUCCACAUGCGCGAGCUCCAGAAGGCCGGCAAGAUGCCUCAGUUUGGCUCCUUCAAGUACUCUGCGCAGCGUUUCUACGACAAGGGUAUUCUACUCUCUAUCGAGAAUUAUUCGCCUCGUCAGUUCGACAAGCUGGAUAUCGUCAUAUCAUCCAACGCGGUCGGCGUAUUCACCUUCGAAAUCUUCAAUCACGCACUUGGCAUCACAAAUCGUAUGGCUACCCAGGACAUCAAGAUGGAAGACCUCUUGCAGGCUCAGUUCGAAGAUCGUGCUUCCUUGUCCUUGUUCAACGGUCUUGCCAAAUUCAACCUGAAUCUAUUAUUAUGGCAGAUCAACAAGAAGUGA